AUGUCUGAACUGUAUAAAGUUACAGACUCCCUAUUGAUAAGCAAUGCUAGAGCUGCCUGCAAGAAGGAACUUCUCAUAUCAGAAGGAGUGACUUGUUGCAUCAACAUUUCCAGGAGGCAGCCAUUCCCGGACUAUAAUCUUCACACUCUUCGGAUUCCUGUGUUUGAUCACCCACUGGAGAACCUGUCUGAACAUUUUGACCAAUGUGUAGAUCUGAUAGACAGCACUGUUCGCAGCGGGGGGAAGUGCCUGGUCUAUUGUAAGCAUGGACGUAGUCGAUCAGCUACAAUCUGUAUUGCAUACUUGAUGAGAUGCAAAAACAUGACCCUGGUGGAAGCCUUCCAGGUAUACCAGUCUCAUGUAUUUGUCUUUUGUUUGAAUAUAAUUCCAUCAUGUUAA